GUGGAAAGUGUGCGGGAGGGGCGGGAGCGGGGCGGGCCGAGGAGGCGGCGGCGUGGAGCUGCCUCCCGCCGGCGGGCCGGGUCGGGCCGAGCCCCGGGCUCUGCGGCGACGCCUGGGAUCCUGCCUCCGCCAGGCCGGCCGCCCGGCGCCCCGAGGAGGCCGCUGAGCCCCGGGCCAUGGUCCCGUCUCGCCGGCCGUGGAACCUGGGAGCCACGCCCUCGCUGCGCGGCCUGUGGAGAGUGGGCCGGGCCCGGGAGCCGGAGCCGGGGAUGGCUCGCCCCGCCCCCGCCAGCCCGGCCGCCCGCCCUUUCCCAUACACCGGCCCGGGGAGGUUGAGAACUGGGCGUGGAAAAGACACCCCAGUCAGCAGUGACGAGGACUCCGGCGCCCGAAGUGCAGCUCGCCCGGCCCUCGCUCAGUGCCGAGCCCUCAGCGUGGACUGGGCUGGUCCUGGGAGCCCCCACAGGCUCUACCUGACCGUGCAGGUGGAAAACCUGAAGGAGAAGCUCAUUAGCCAGGCCCAGGAAGUGAACCGCCUUCGAUCAGAGCUGGGGGGCACGGACUUGGAGAAGCACCGCGACCUGCUGGUGGUGGAGAAUGAGCGGCUGAGGCAGGAGAUGCGGCGCUUCGAGGCCGAGGUGCAAGAGCUGCGGGCCAAGGCGGCGGCCCCCUGCGCGGGCUGUGAGCACAGCCAGGAGAGCGCCCAGCUCCGGGACAAGCUGUCCCAACUACAGCUGGAGGUGGCCGAGAACAAGGGCAUGCUGUCCGAGCUGAACCUGGAGGUGCAGCAGAAGACCGACCGGCUGGCCGAGGUCGAGCUGCGGCUCAAGGACUGCCUGGCCGAGAAGGCGCAGGAGGAGGAGCGGCUGAGCCGGCGCCUGCGGGACAGCCACGAGACCAUUGCCAGCCUGCGGGCCCAGUCGCCGCCCAUCAAGUACGUCAUCAGGACCGUGGAGGUGGAGUCGUCCAAGGCCAAGCAGGCCCUCAGCGAGUCCCAGGCCCGGAACCAGCACCUGCAGGAGCAGGUGGCCAUGCAGAGGCAGGUGCUGAAGGAGAUGGAGCAGCAGCUGCAGAGCUCACACCAGCUGACGGCGCAGCUUCGGGCGCAGAUCGCCAUGUACGAGUCAGAGCUGGAGCGGGCGCACGGGCAGAUGCUGGAGGAGAUGCAGUCCCUGGAGGAAGACAAGAACCGGGCCAUCGAGGAGGCCUUUGCCAGAGCCCAGGUAGAGAUGAAGGCUGUGCACGAGAACCUGGCAGGGGUCCGGACCAACCUGCUGACACUGCAGCCAGCACUGCGGACCCUCACCAACGACUACAAUGGGCUCAAGCGGCAGGUGCGCGGCUUCCCCUUGCUCCUGCAGGAGGCCCUCAAGAGUGUCAAGGCCGAGAUCGGCCAGGCCAUCGAGGAGGUCAACAGCAACAACCAGGAGCUCCUGCGCAAGUACCGCCGGGAGCUGCAGCUGCGUAAGAAGUGCCACAAUGAGCUCGUGCGGCUGAAAGGGAACAUCCGGGUGAUUGCUCGUGUCCGGCCAGUCACCAAAGAGGACGGGGAAGGACCUGAUGCGACCAAUGCUGUGACCUUCGAUGCCGACGACGACUCCAUCAUCCACCUGCUGCACAAAGGAAAGCCUGUAUCCUUUGAGCUGGACAAGGUCUUCUCCCCGCGGGCCUCACAGCAGGACGUGUUCCAGGAGGUGCAAGCCCUGAUCACCUCCUGCAUCGACGGCUUCAACGUCUGUAUCUUCGCCUACGGCCAGACGGGUGCUGGCAAGACGUACACGAUGGAGGGGACCCCUGAGAACCCCGGCAUCAACCAGCGGGCCCUGCAGCUGCUCUUCUCCGAGGUGCAGGAGAAGGCGUCGGACUGGGAGUACACCAUUACGGUCAGCGCGGCCGAGAUCUACAACGAGGUCCUCAGGGACCUGCUGGGGCAGGAGCCCCAGGAGAAGCUGGAGAUCCGGCUGUGCCCAGACGGCAGCGGGCAGCUCUACGUGCCGGGGCUGACUGAGUUCCAGGUGCAGAGCGUGGAUGACAUCAACAAGGUGUUCGAGUUUGGCCACACUAACCGCACGACGGAGUUCACCAACCUGAACGAGCACAGCUCCCGCUCGCACGCCCUGCUCAUCGUGACGGUGCGCGGAGUGGACUGCAGCACGGGCCUGCGCACCACGGGGAAGCUGAACCUGGUGGACCUGGCGGGCUCGGAGCGCGUGGGCAAGUCGGGGGCCGAGGGCAGCCGCCUGCGGGAGGCACAGCACAUCAACAGGUCACUGUCAGCCCUGGGGGAUGUCAUUGCUGCCCUGCGUUCCCGCCAGGGCCACGUGCCCUUCCGCAACUCCAAGCUCACCUACCUGCUGCAGGACUCACUUAGCGGGGACAGCAAGACGCUCAUGGUGGUGCAGGUGUCCCCCGUGGAGAAGAACACCAGCGAGACGCUGUACUCCCUGAAGUUUGCUGAGAGGGUGCGCUCUGUGGAGCUGGGCCCUGGGUCCCGCAGGGCAGAGCUCGGGUCCUGGUCCAGCCAGGAGCAUCUGGAGUGGGAGCCAGCUUGCCAGACCCCACAGCCCUCAGCACGAGCACACUCAGCCCCCGGCUCUGGGACCACCAGCCGCGCAGGCUCAAUGCGGAGGAAGCUGCAGCCCUUGGCCUGACGGCUGGGGCUGCAGAGUCUCCAGGGAAGUCUUGGCCGGUGCCUGUGUGGCGGGCGGGGCCCC